AUGCAACGUCACUCAAAUCCAAAGCGCCCUACGUUUAUACCACUCUUUACAUCGAUCAUAUUUGUAAGCUGUCAAUUUAAUUGUUUCGGUGCAUCCGUCCUGUUUCGAAUUUAUGCUGAGCUACUGAAAUGGUUUGGUCUCUUAGGAAUCAACGUACAGUCGUUGACUCAGAUGGCUUGUGACGCUCGCAUGAUGGACGCGGACGCCAGAGCAGCUACUGUGCAAACUAUUGCAGGACACAUGGAGGAUGCACUGGAAAUCCAACGAGAAGUAACCGACGUCUCAGGACUGUGUGUAUCCAAACGAUGGGGAAACUACGUCACUUGUUUGUAUGUGUUUAUCAAGAUGCUCUAUUUAGGCAACGUUGUUUUGCAAGUAAGUCCGCUUUUGAUUUCAUUCUGA